AUGACCUCAACCGAACACCCCACCCUCCCAGACUACGACUCCCUCCCCCCAGUCCCCAACAUGCCGCGCGGCUGCGCCUGGGGCAUCUUCGACAAAAACGGCGUGAAAGACCACCUAGGCUGCCUGAACCUCCUCACGCCCUCCGUGGUCCAGUCCGCCCUAUCCGAAGCCACCACCGGCCAAUCCAUCAGCCUCAACUGGCCCCUCAACGCAAUCCACAAGCCGGGCUUCGCGCGCGCAGGCCUAAAGCACACUGUCUCCUCGUUCCAAGAUACACCCUUUGCCCUGCAUGGUUUCGACGACGAGGUCAGCUUCAACACGCAGUGCUCGAGCCAGUGGGAUAGCCUGGUGCAUUUUGCGCAUCAGCCGUCUGGGCUGAGUUAUAAUGGGGUGAGGCCGGAUAAGAGCGUUCUCGAACAGCGGGGGACGCCUUUUUUCAAGAAUGUUGAGCUGCCGACGCUCGAUCACUGGCAUACACGUGGUGGACUGGUGGGACGGGGCGUGCUGCUGGAUUAUAAGGCGUUUGCGGAUGAGCGUGGGAUUGAGUACUCGCCGUUCGAAACGCAUAGGAUUACGGUUGAGGCGCUUGAGGCCGUUGCGGCGUGGGAGGGUGUGCAGCUGCGACAGGGCGAUAUCUGCAUUAUCCGGUCUGGCUUCACGAAGGGGUUACAGGAGGCCGAGACGGCCGAGAAACAGGCAGAGUGCAUGGGCAGUCAUCGGAGUGUUGGGGUGGCUGGUGACGAAGAGACGGCGCGCUGGUUCUGGAAUCAGCAUUUUGCGGCGGUUGCCGGGGACGCGAUUGCGUUUGAGUGUUUGCCGCCGACGAAGGAGGAUGGGAGCGAGGGCGGUAUUGGGGAUUUGGUGCUGCAUCAGUACUUCCUUGGAUUGUUUGGGCUGAAUAUUGGCGAGUUGUGGGAUCUCGAGGCACUGUCGGCGAUGUGUAGGGAGAAGGGGAAGUACUCGUUUCUGUUGACGAGUUGUCCGCUCAAUGUCCCGGGGAGUGUGGGGAGUCCGCCGAAUGCGUUGGCGAUCUUCUAG